CAAGGUCGAAUCACGGAAUGGAUCAUGUAUUACAUUCACAAAGCCAUACACUUGACUUUAAUACAAAUGCAUGACCAAGGAAAAUUAAUUUACAAGGGAAAGGAAUUCAUCGGCGACAAGAGUGCAGCAGACUCUGAACUCUCAGAAAACGAAAUAAUACUAGAUGACGAACUCCAUGGCCCGUGUGUAAGACUAAGAGUUGGAGGCAGAUUGUGUACAGCAGAUGUCGAUCUCGGGUAUUGUGUAUUUGAUGAUGGAACUGACACCGAAAUGGAAGAAAGUCGCAAUAUUGUAUUGCCUGGUUCCGCUGGUUGGAUACAGUCUGUUUACCAUCCAGGAUGUAGGAUUGAUGAACAUCAUCGCAAAAUUGUGAUGAUACUUAAAUACGUGAUGUCCGUUUGUAACAAAGGUGGAAGUUGUCUCACUAACUUCAGCUCACAUGCCUUUAAGUGCCUCGUUUACGUCCACCAGGGGAAAUGUGAGAAUGAUAGUGAAACAUUUGAAAUGUGUAUGCACGAUAUACUUGUUCGCAUAUCUUUCCUAAUAAGCGUACCUGAACUUUUGUCAGGUGAUUGGUCUACAUACAAGGAUUGUAGAGAAAGGAAAUGGGCAGGCAAACUUCCUGACAUAGAUAAAAAGGAAAAAAACCUUUUGAAUCAUUCUCCAUGGCUCAUGGAUCAAUUGUUUGUUAUCGUUCUGUUCAGAUGGUUUUGCGAUUCUCUGAAUUCUUUAAGUGAGAGAUGUUCUGGUCAAACAUUCCGAGAACAAUUGUCAGUCGUGUGUGCAGAGGAAACGCUGAAGUUCGUUAAAGCGUUGCAACUUAAGGAGUAUAAAGGACGUGAUUGCGACCCUUUUAAUGUCUUGAAGAGGCUUCAGGGGAAGUAUUUCGAUGGUCAUGAUACUAAUGAUGGAAGUGAUAAUUUGGCAACCAUGAAUAAUGAUCCUCUUGCAUGUGAAACGGUUACUAUACAACACAUAUAAACAUUUACUCAUCUGAGUCAUACAUAUAAGGUGGGCCAAAAAACCAAUACCCUAGUUCAAAGGUAAAUGAUUCAUAGAAUAUAUCUGAAAUAUCUGAGACAGCUCAUCCGAAGACAACUCAUCCAAAGACAUGUCAUCCCAAGACAUCUCAUCUCAAGACAAUUCCUCUUAAAUACAACUCUUUCCAACUUGAUAUAACACGAUUCUAUAC